UGCUGACUAUAAAAGGCGCGCGAUAACAUGAGAUUCUUAUUUCAUUGCCAGGCUCAGUCGGUGUUUGACGGCAGGCCGCUCGUUCCCGAUACAGACUCACAACUCCGAUAUGCGAACCUUCUUCAUGACGCCCCAGGCGCUGGUGCUGCUGGUGGUGCUGGCGGGUGUGAGCUGUCAGAUCCGCAGCUUCUCGGAUGACGUGGACCUGACGACCGUCACCACGCAGGAGGUGGACGCCGUCCUGGCCAACAAGGCGGCGGUCCUGCAGCUCGUCGAGUGCUUCUUGUAUGAGACGCUCUGCCGCUCCCGGGGGGCGCUCUCCUUCGUGCGACAAGUGAAGCGACUGGGCCCCCGUGGCCGCUGCUACCGCUGCUCUGCGCGCCAGCAGGGGCACCUCGACAUCGUCACUAGACACACCAUCUUCGCCAUGCAGCGCUAUCAUCCUGUAGAGUAUAGCAGGAUAUUGCCCUACAUCAGGCACAUAUUGUAUUAGUCAUCUUAAGGAAAGGCGCUGGAUCCUGCCCUACAUCAAGAACAUACUUUAUUCAUCCGACAGAGAUUCGCAUUAUCUUGCCAUACAACAAGAUUGUGAUCUCUAAUGUAAUAUGCUACAUUUAUCCAUGCCUUAUUCAGCAUUACAAAUUCAGUUUCAUUAAAUAACAUUAGUUUCUUUGUACCAUGACUGAGAGCUUCUAUGACGACAUUUUUAUGUCUAAUGUAACAAUACGCAACAUUAAUGAUAAGGAGCUCAGACAGCGAGACCAGUACACUUUGUAUGAAAUAAAUCUGCAUAAUAGUAA